UCAACUUUUUUCUUUUCUUUUUUUGGUGCAAAUUCCCAUUUCCAUCAACCUUUUUUGGGUUUUCUCAUUCACAUAAUAUCUUCCAAUGGGACGUUGGAUGAAACCAGAGGUUUAUCCGCUACUGGCGGCCAUGGGGUUUGUGACAAGUAUGUGCGUAUUUCAGCUUACCAGGAACAUUCUUCUAAACCCUGACGUCAGAGUGAACAAAACGCAGCGUAGCAUGGGAGUUUUGGAGAACGGAGAGGAAGGGGAGAAGUAUGCGGAGCAUAGGCUCCGGCGGUUCCUCCGAACCCGACCGCCCGAAAUCAUGCCCACUAUUAACCACUUUUUCUCCCAAGACAAAUAAAAUUUUCCAAUACCAUUCUCGUUAAUUCUUUUAAUCUCGUGUGCCUUUUCUUUUGUAUACCCUCUAUUGCUACG